AUGUCACAGUGCUCUUUACGUGGUCAGAUCAUUGCAUACUACAGUAGCUUGCUGGGUUUACUGCAAGACUUUCCUACAGCCAGCAAAACCUAUUUCGUGUUGGGCCAACCUCAAGAAAAGAAAGGAGAGCAUGUCUCUGAGUUGGGUCUGAUUUCGGAUCCCAGGAAACUCCAUCAGCGCCCUCGCAGUUUAUUGUCACCAGAUGGAAGAACACUUCUUAAUCUCUGGUACAUUCCUCAUCAUUCUGAAGUGCUCAUUAUGUUUAAAACCCUGGAGGAAAAGGUUUGUCGGAGAGCUUUGUACCAAACACUGGAGAUAGUGGCGGCUCUUCAUGACAUCUUCUGUUACCUGUGCUGUUUUGCGCAGCUUGGUAGCUCCCCCCGAGUUAGCUCCCAGAAGAUGCAGCCACUGGCAGCGGACUGGGGAGGACUUGAAGGCAUUGGUUCUGAGCUUCAGGAGAUUCAGACUCAGAUGGAUAACCUUGAAAAUCCAAGAGAUCCUGCCACAGUAGCAAAGUUUCUUGUUCUCAAGAGGGAUGUUAUGUUCUUACAAUUUGAUGCUGCUGUUCGCCAUUCAGUCAGGGAAGUUUUCCUUUCUGCUGGCAAUGUAGCAGCAUUUGAGGCUGUGACAGAUGGCAUGUAUCAAGCACUGCCGGCUAUGAGUAACUCUGUGGUCAGCAACCUGUAUGGAUCUUUGCUUCCUUUGCCACAGCCAUUGGAUGCAUGGAGUCACAAGUGGCGUUCCCGCCAUUGCUCUUUGAUCCAGAUGUGCUUGUGCAUGCUAAAGGAUCGCGAUCGGAGUGUUGCUAAUGGCGAACUUCUUGGUGUGUCUCUUCUGUUGGAAGACGUGGCACAGAGUGGAAGCGAAGCAUUUCUGUUUCCAGAGGAGGCUGGGUGCAUAUGUGAUGAGUCAGAAGCCAAAGCUGAGGAGGACUCUGCAAUUGAAGAAAAGGAAGAUGGAAAACAAUCGCCUGUCAACAAAAUAGUUCCCUCUUCAAAAACAGCAGAGCCCAUAUCGAUGUACAGGGUGCUUAAAUCCUUUUUGAUAUUGUGGAAACAGCUUGAGGUAAUUAAGGAGGAAUGGGGCAGGCUGAAGCUGGGUGUGGAGCACAUCAACUCUGUGACCCUCUACAAACAGUUCUACAAAUUAUAUAGACUGGAAAUCCUGUACCCAGCUAUGAAACCAAUAGCCUGUCGGUUAGGUAUGGAGGCCGAGUAUGAAAGAAUGAUGAUGGACAAUCAGCCACUACUGCCACCAAAAGGGACCUCUGAAAUGGAAAUUAAGACUCGGCAGCUGCAUAAACUACUUGAGAGUAUGGAAUGUUACAUGAUCCGAGAACUUCAGAAAAAAAUCGCAAGGGAGUUGUCCCUUGUUAUGUCAGAAAGGGCAAGGGGAGAAGCAUCUCUGCCGACAGAUGAUUGGAAACAUUCAGUCAUGAUGGAAAACUUCUCCAUGGCAAGGCCUCAGAUUGUUGAAAAAUUUGUUCAGAAACUGAAAGAACAUUCACGGGAGACUGGGAAUGAGAUUACUUUCAGCAAAGAUCAUUUAAACAACUGCCUUCUGACUCUAGCCUGUGAUGUAAUGGGAAGGGAGCGCAGUAAUUUUGAGACUUAUUCCAUGUGUUACGAGAACAUACUUCGCAGAGAGCAUCAGCUACUUUACCAGAAGGAACAGGAAAUGAAGGGAAUGCAGCAAUCUCAAGCACCCUCUGCAACAGCUGAUUCCCAGUUAGCUGAUUUCAGUCAUCAGAUAAUUAUAGAGAUCACUGCUCUCCGAGCAAAGCUGACUAACCUGGAAGAAGAGAACAUGAGGCUGAAAGAGGAGGUGAGGAGUGAAGUGAGACAGGAGUAUGAUGCUUUGGUCAGGCACCUGUUUGCAUCCUGCUUUGCAUUAAAGCAAAAGCUGGAUGACUAUCACAUUAACAUGAACAAAGUGGCCUGCAAACUGAUCAGUGAAGUGAGGAGAAAUGGAGUGGAAAACAUGAUUAUUCUCAAGAGGAAAAUUGGCUCCACAAGAAAUGAUGACACUUUAAAAGAAAACCUGGCACGGCAAGAUCAGCUACAGUCCUUACGGGAAGAGAACAGCCAACUGCAGAGAUUGAUGUGUCAGCUGAAAACUCUGAACUGCUGGAGACUGACUGUAAAACAGGAGCAGUUUCAAAGAUCCUGCGCUGCUUUGGAGCAGGAAGUUAUUCAAAUCAAGAAGGAUUAUCUCAACAUUAAAAUGCUUGCAGAAGAAGAGGAGGUUCUCCUGCGUCAGCAGCUCAUGGCUUUGAGAAAAGCCCUGAGCAGAUCCACAUCAGAAAAUGAGAAGAUAAAGAAAGAUCUGGAAAAAGAGAAGCGGCUAUUGAAGGAAUACCGGCACCGGGCUGACCAGGAGCUAAAGAGCCGACAGCAGCUGGAAAGCAUGAAAGCAUCCAACAUGGAGCAGCAGCUGGAUGACAUGCAGGAGAAGGAACAGAGGCUAAAUAUCCUAAACAACGAGCUUGAAAAGUCUUUCAAAAUUGCUCAAAUACAGUACAAUAAAAUCAAUAAGGAGAUCAAACAGGUACGUUGUCAGCUGUCUCAUGAGCGCAGCUUGAAGCUGGAUGCCUUCCAGCGGGUUGAUGAAUUGCAAAGCCAGAUGCAUAACUUUGACGCAGCACUAUCUCACAGCAGUGUUGCAGAAACCACUCCAGGUGCCUUGAAGAAAUCACCAUCAUUGCGUUCCAGUGCAAGCAGCUUCAGAAAUAUUUCUCCAGGUAUUGACGUUUAA